GGUUUGCUGUGUUAGGACGUGUCAAAGUAAACGAAAACUGCAGGACAUAUCUCGGAGCGCGAUGGAGAUGUAGCUUAUUUUGCAGCGGUUUUAUAAGAAAUAAAAACACAAAAAUCCGAGGAUACCAUGGAGAACGUUCAGAAUCUCCCUAUCGACAUUCAAACCAGUAAACUUUUGGACUGGUUGGUGGAUAGAAGACACUGUUCUCUGAAAUGGCAGAGUGCAGUGAUGGCCAUCAGAGAGAAGAUUAAUGCUGCUAUCCAGGAUAUGCCGGAGAAUGAGGAGAUCAAACAGCUGCUCUCUGGCUCAUACAUCCACUAUUUCCAUUGUCUAAGGAUAGUUGAAAUACUGAAAGGAACAGAAGCCUCUUCUAAAAAUAUAUUCGGCAGAUAUUCAUCACAAAGGAUGAAGGACUGGCAGGAAAUAGUAUCAUUGUAUGAGAAAGACAAUGUUUACCUAGCGGAACUGGCCAGUCUGUUGAGCCGCAAUGUGAGUUAUGAGGGUCCUGCUCUGAGGAAACACGUGACUAAAGCACAGCAGCUGCAGCAGGAGCUUACCAGAAAAGAGAUGGAGUGCCAGAGUGGAGCUGCCGACAUGAAAGAGCGCUAUUAUGCUUCCUGCAAGCAGUAUGGCAUCGCGGGGGAGAAUGUGGCAAGGGAGUUGCAGGCACUAGUUAAGGAUUUACCGGCAGUCCUGGAGGAUACAGGCAGACAGGCUGCCUGUCUGGAACAAACCAUCCAGCUGUAUACAGCUUUCACAAAUUUUGUCUGUGACUGGUCUGAGCCAGUUCUACCUAUGCUGUCAUUUGUUCAACGGAAAGGAAACACAACAGUGUACGAGUGGAGGAUAGGAAACGCCCCAACGGUUAUAGAGAGACCUGUGGUAGAGGAAGCACCACCCGACACUGUCACAGAGGAAACAAUUGACUGGGGUGAUCUGAGCAGUGGGGCGGGUGCAGAAGAGGUGAAUUUUGGGAUCAAAGUUGAGGACAGUGUUGACUGGGGCAUCACUCUUGAGUCUGGCAAAGAGGAAACAAGUGCUGGUGGUAUUAAUUGGGGCGAAUCUGAACCUGGUGCAGUGGAAAUCGAAGUUGUAGAUGCAGGCACCGACUGCCCUGAAGGUGUUGCCAGAGGUGAGGAUGCACUCUCUGUGCUUGAGUACCCGAAGACACGCAGCCAGUUUAUCGAUGAAUUGAUGGAGUUGGAGCUCUUCCUGUGCCAGAGGCUGAGUGAGAUGAGUGAGGAGGGGGAUAUGGUGGCCAUGAGCCAGUUCCAGCUGGCUCCCUCUGUCAUCCAGGCGCAGACAACCCAGCGUGUGCAGGCCAUGCUGGCAGAUGUGCGCCGCCUCCUGGAAGGGCUGACCUCGCUUCGCAUGCAGCAUCUGUUCAUGAUCCAGGCAUCGCCACGCUAUGUGGAGCGUGUAUCUGACAUGCUGAGGCAGAAGCUGAAGCAGGCUGAUAUCUUGGUGCUGAAACGUGCCUCUCUGGCUGAGCAGAGGCAGGAAGCUCUGGAGGAACAAGCAAAGCUGGAGCCACGCAUCGACCUGCUGGCUGCUCGCACUAAAGAACUACAGAAACAGAUUGAAGCUGACAUCUCAAAACGGUAUAACAACCGUCAUGUCAAUCUCAUGGGCGUUACUGUGUAAACUACGAUUGCCUCAACAGCAUCACUUUAUAAAUAAAUAUUUUAUUUCAUUUAAACAAUGUCAUUU